AUUCAUUUUCCUCUGAUUUCAAAACACACGCCGGCUUCAAUUAAUCAGUGCGUUUAUUUUACAGAAUUUUCGCAAGAAAUUUGCAAUAAUCUCGGCAGUAUUUAGUGAAAAUAUGUGAAUAAGACGCUGGACAAAGUGACGAAGUUGAAUCGAUCGCGAUAAAUCUUAACAAUCAACCACAAGUGCGAUGUUUUCCAUUUGUAAACAAACCCACGAAGCCACGGCGGUGGAAUUUUCGGUCACUUGCCACUUCUUCAACAGCAAUGAGAAAUCGCUGGUUACUGGGGGCGCCAAUGUCCUCAAAGUGUACCGAUUGAUCCCGGAUGCGGACGCGACAAGUCGCGAUAAGUUUACUACGACAAGGCCUCCGAACAUGAAAUUGGAGUGCAUGGCAACUUAUACGCUGUUCGGGAACAUAAUGUCCAUGCAAUCGGUGUCCCUGGCCGGAUCGCAACGGGAUGCGUUGCUGAUUAGCUUCCAGGAUGCCAAGCUUUCCGUGGUGCAGUUCGAUCCGGAUAAUUUCGAACUGAAAACGCUCUCGUUGCAUUACUUCGAGGAGGAGGACAUUAAGGGUGGCUGGACGGGACAUUAUCAUACUCCGAUUGUGAGGGUUGAUCCAGACAAUCGGUGUGCCGUGAUGCUGGUGUACGGACGGAAGUUAGUGGUGUUACCAUUUCGGAAGGACAGUUCAUUGGAUGAGAUCGAGGUGCAGGACGUUAAGCCAAUGAAGAAGGCCCCGACACAGCUGAUUGCCAAAACGCCGAUUCUGGCGUCGUACGUUAUAGAACUGAAGGAGUCCGAAGAACGGAUCGAUAACGUUAUCGACAUACAGUUUUUGCACGGCUACUAUGAACCGACUUUGCUGAUUCUCUAUGAACCGGUCAAAACGUUCCCAGGACGUAUCGCCGUUCGCUCGGAUACUUGCAUGAUGGUGGCACUGUCGCUGAACAUACAACAACGUGUCCAUCCGGUUAUCUGGACGGUGAACUGCUUGCCGUUCGAUUGCCUGCAAGCAAUUGCCAUCAGCAAACCGAUUGGAGGCUGCCUGAUCCUGAGUGUCAAUGCGUUGAUUUACCUCAAUCAGAGUGUUCCGCCGUAUGGAGUGAGCUUGAACAGCAUUGCCGAUCACUGCACUAACUUUCCGUUGAAGCCCCAGGAUGGCGUUCGGAUCAGUUUGGAUGCAGCUCAAGUGUGCUUCAUCGAACCGGAAAAGUUGGUGCUGUCGCUGAAGGGCGGAGAGCUCUAUGUUCUCACACUUUGCGCCGAUUCCAUGCGAAGCGUUCGGAGCUUUCACUUUAGCAAGGCGGCUUCCAGCGUGCUAACCUGUUGUAUCUGCGUCGUCGAGGAGGAGUAUCUGUUCCUGGGAUCACGGUUAGGUAACUCGUUGCUUUUGAGAUUCAAAGAAAAGGACGAGAGCAUGGUGAUUACGAUCGACGAUACCGAAGAAGUGGUUGAGAAGGAACCGAAACGAUUGCGCUUAGAGCAGGAAGAGCUGGAAGUGUACGGAUCGGGUCAGAAAACAUCCGUCCAGUUGACUAGCUAUAUCUUCGAAGUUUGCGACAGUAUUCUGAACAUCGGCCCCAUCGGCCAUAUGGCCGUGGGCGAGAGGAUUUCUGAAGAGGAGCAAGACGAAAACAAGGACGUGCAGUUCGUGCCGAAUAAGUUAGAUUUGGAAAUUGUGACGAGUAGUGGACAUGGCAAGAAUGGUGCCCUUUGCGUGCUGCAGAAUUCAAUAAAACCACAGGUUAUCACAAGUUUUGGCCUGUCCGGGUGCUUGGACGUGUGGACGGUUCUGAGCGAUAAAGGUGACGACAUGCAUUCGUUCAUGAUCCUUUCCCAGGAAGCCGGAACGAUGGUUCUGCAGACGGGAGAUGAAAUCAACGAAAUCGAAAACACCGGUUUUGCGACAAAUGUUCCGACCAUUCACGUUGGAAACAUUGGAGGAAACCGUUUCAUCGUUCAAGUGACGACGAAAUCUAUUAGAUUACUACAAGGCACUCGCCUGUUGCAAAAUAUUCCCAUUGAUUUGGGUUGUCCACUGGCAGCAGUGUCUAUUGCUGAUCCGUAUGUUUGCGUUAGGUCUUCAGAAGGUCGAGUAAUCACGUUGGCUCUUCGUGAAGGCAAAGGAACUCCACGGUUGGCAGUUAACAAGAACACCAUAAGUACGACACCCGCUGUGGUUGCUAUUAGCGUCUACAAGGACGUGUCAGGAAUGUUCACAACCAAGUAUGAAGACUUCUACGACGGUUCCAAAGCAGGUUCUUCUGCCUAUUCGAGUGGAUUCGGUUACAUGAAGCCCGAGCCGCACAUGAAAAUUGAAGACGAAGAGGAUCUGCUUUACGGCGAAUCGGGACGAUCUUUCAAGAUGACUUCGAUGGCAGAUAUGGCCAUUGAAACCAAGAAGAAGAAUACGGACUUUUGGAGGAAGUUUAUGCAACCGGUAAAACCUACCUUCUGGUUGUACGCGGUCAGAGAUAACGGAAACUUGGAGAUCUAUUCAAUGCCUGACCUGAAAUUAGUCUACCUGAUCACCAACAUCGGGAAUGGUAACAAAGUGCUUCAGGAUUCGAUGGAAUUCGUACCCCUGCAGGUAGGACAGACCGCCGCCGAUGCAGACGUGACUUCCAAUGCGUUCACAAGUCCUUUCGGAUUCAAUCCUAAUUUGCUACCGAAGGAAAUUCUCAUGGUAGCUCUCGGUCAUCAUGGUACUCGACCCAUGCUAUUUGUUCGCUUGGAAAAUGAUUUGCUUGUUUACCGUGUGUAUCGAUAUUCGAAGGGUCAUCUGAAGCUGCGCUUUCGGCGAGUUCCAAGUGGCGUAACGGGUCCCAUUUUUAAAAUAGCACCCCGUCAAAGCGCUCCAACGGAUCAGGAAGGCGAAAAACCGGAUGAGCAUUCCACCAAGAUUAUGUAUGAAAACAUUUCCAUGAUUCGAUACUUCAACAACGUCAAUGGAUACAAUGGAGUUGCUGUUUGCGGAGAGAAGCCCUACAUAAUGCUGCUUACUUCCCGGGGAGAACUUCGAGCUCACCGACUGUACGCCAAAACUAUCAUGAAAGGAUUUGCUCCUUUCAACAACGUGAACUGUCCCAACGGAUUCCUCUACUUUGACGAACAGUACGAGCUGAAGAUUGCCGUUUUUCCUGGCUAUCUGUCUUACGAUUCAAUCUGGCCUGUUCGGAAAAUUCCACUGCGCAGCUCACCGAAGCAAAUCGUGUACCAUAAAGAGAACAAAGUUUACUGCGUGGUGAUGGAUGCCGAGGAAGUCUGCAAUAAGUAUUACCGCUUCAACGGAGAGGACAAAGAGCUGACCGAGGAGAACAAGGGAGAACGCUUCUUGUACCCGAUGGCACAUAAGUUUUCGGUGGUGCUGGUUACGCCCUCGGCUUGGGAAAUCAUUCCGGAGACUUCCAUCAACCUGGACGAGUGGGAGCACGUAAUUGCACUGAAGAAUGUCAGUCUGUCAUACGAGGGAGCGCGGUCCGGUUUCAAGGAAUACAUUGCGGUGGGAACAAAUUUCAAUUACAGUGAAGACAUUACAUCGCGUGGACGGCUGUUGCUGUAUGACAUCAUCGAAGUCGUGCCGGAGCCGGGAAAACCGCUAACCAGAUACAAGUUUAAGGAAGUUAUCGUCAAGGAACAGAAAGGUCCCGUGUCAGCUAUUACGCACGUAUCAGGCUUCUUGGUAGGAGCGGUCGGUCAAAAAGUCUAUCUUUGGCAACUGAAAGACGAUGACCUGGUUGGAGUGGCCUUCAUUGACACCAACAUCUUUGUACACCAGCUGGUUUCAAUCAAAUCGCUCAUUCUGGUUGCAGACGUUUACAAAUCCGUCAGUUUACUUCGCUUCCAAGAAGACUACCGCACUCUGUCUCUGGUGUCGCGUGAUUACCAGCCGUUGAACGUAUUCCAAAUCGAAUACGUUGUGGAUAACCACAACCUGGGUUUCCUCGUAUCGGACGAGCAAUGCAACAUUAUCACCUACAUGUACCAACCGGAAUCGCGCGAAUCUUUUGGAGGUCAACGAUUGCUGCGAAAAUGUGACUAUCACGUAGGACAAAAGAUAAACUCCAUGUUCCGUGUGCAGUGCGACUUUCACGAAAUGGAUUACAAACGCAACAGCAACUACGAAUGCAAACAUACGACGUACUUCGCUACCUUGGACGGAGGUAUCGGAUAUGUUCUACCCCUGCCGGAAAAGACCUACCGAAGGUUGUUCAUGUUGCAGAACGUCCUGAUGACGCACAGCCCCCAUCUGUGCGGUUUGAACCCGAAAGCGUUCCGCACAAUCAAAACCGUCAAGAAGCUCCCUAUCAACCCGGCACGUUGCGUCGUCGAUGGAGAUCUAAUUUGGACGUUUUUGACCCUGCCGGCGAAUGAGAAAUUGGAGGUGGCCAAGAAGAUCGGUACCCGCAUUGACGACAUAUGCGCGGAUCUGAUGGAAAUCGAAUCUGUGACACAUGUAUUCUAGAUCAUUAGCUGUGGACAUCUGACCUUUAUUCCCCCUAUUAUACUAUGUAUAAUAAAAGUGUGUAACAACUACUACAAA